AUGGAAAGAAGCAAAUUUGCCCCAGAGGUCCCUCUUCAGCUGCUGCUGCUGCUGCUGCUUCUAUGGGUUUCAUAUGAAAGGGGCGCCCUUGGAGAAGAAAUAUACGAAGUGGAGCACAGAAUGGUGGGGGAGACUCUCACAGUGAGAUGCCAGUAUACAGCUCUGAAACCUGAUCAUCUAGAGAAAGCCUGGUGUAAAAAGAAAAGAAAUACAAAUACAUGUACUUUGUUAAUCACAAGACCAAAACCCUUGUCAAAGACUGAGAACCCACGAUACUCCCUCAGUUAUAACACUAGUGUCAUCAUGGUCAACAUGUCUGACCUCCAGGUGGAAGACUCUGGAGAAUAUUGGUGUGGAAACAACAAUUCUACUGUGAAUGUUAUUGCUAUUUUCAAGAGAAUUCAUUUAAUAGUAGCUCCAGCCCAAACACAGAAUACAACCCCAUUGAACUCUGAUACUGCUGUGAAGUCAACUACCAUGAUAGAAGAUCUGACCAUCACCUCUUCCACCAUCAGGCCCCAGUUCAAAGCAACUGUUGUGACAGAUAUCCAGCUACCAGAAAAUUCUACUUCUAGAAGUCAGGUUGUGGAUCAUGUUGUCUCUGAGGACCUAAGGUUCCCAAACUGUCUCCUCACCCUUGUGGUGUUUGGCCUCCUCCUGAUAAAAGGUUUGGCCUUCUUAGUCCUUCUUAUUCUCCUCUUCAGGUUCAGGAACCAGGGUAAUGGGGACAGUGAAAAAGUAGCAGAGCUGAAUAAAGUGGAGCUGUCCAAGAUAUCCCCCUACAUUUCCUAUUGAUGGAGAGUCCUGAUGCCCCUAGUUCAGACCAGAGUGCUAAGUACAGAGAUUUCACAUCUCACCAAUUCUUAAGUACCAAAUGCAUCACAAGAUGGCUGGAGCCAGGUGUGCCAACAAAUGUUUAAUAACCCACUCUCUGAAAACACAUGCUGUACUUUUGAAUUUAAUCUGAAUUAUUAGUAUUAUUUCCACCACUCUUUUAAGU